AUGUCAAUCCCUCCACCCAAUGAUCCAUCCAGAGGAUGUUCCUCGGAAUUCUCACAGCCUCUAGGGCAACAAGAUUUUGCUGAAGCUCGAAAUUUGUUGGAGAAUGUGAACCGAGUCAACGUUGUUCAAGGAAACUUGACAGGAGUUGAAUACAGGACAGGUGACCUAGAUCUUGAUAUCCGUCGGCCAGUGUAUCGUUGGGACAGUAGGCCCUAUCAAGAGAUCUUUGCAAAUGGGUUCCAAGCAUGGCCACAGGGACAAACUCCCAACAACACUUACUAUAAUUUGCUUGAUUUCAUUGAACAUGCAGGUGCCCCUCUUGAUUCAAACAGGCCUCCAACUACAACACAUGUCUUUGUCAGCACCACUCUCGAUAAUGCAUGGCAACCAACCCCUUCUACCCAAGUCCUCCCACCAGGCUCUCAGAUUCAAUUUUAUCGCUAUGAAAUAUAUGCUCCCGGUGACAUUUGGGUUGCUGUCACCCUUCGGGAUAGAUACUCAUACGUUUCUCAAGCUGAAGUUUGCUUUGUUGGAGGCAUUGCUCCUCAGUACAUUCGAUCUUGUCUCAUAUUCACAGCAACACGUAUCCGAGAUUACGGAGAGAAACAAGAUUGA